CGUACCACUGCAGUAUCGUGACCGAAACCACCGGUAGGUAGACGUGCGGUUGGUGUACCUUAAAUUUAUCGAUUUAUGAACGAUUUAAUUAAUUAUAAUUUAAUAUUGAAACAAAGUGAACUUCAUUAUAUUUGUCGAUAAGUAGCUAUUUACGUAUAUUGAUAGUGUUAAAUAAUUGUGUUUAAAGUAUUUAGUUCACUAUAAUAUAAGGUUUUAGCAAUCAUGACUUCGUUUCCCGGUGCUUGAUUGGUAUAAAUUGGAAGAUUCUUUAAAAAGGUCAUAAUGAUUUUUGGACCAAAACUGGUUAUCGGAUUUUUCCUAUGGGCGCUGGAAUACAAAGAAACCAAUGGUCACGGACGACUAAUUGAACCGCCCUCCAGGGCAUCCAUGUGGAGAUAUGGCUUCAAUUCACCUCCAAAUUACAAUGACAACGAGUUGUAUUGCGGCGGCUUCACGAGACAAUACCAGACGAACGGAGGCAAAUGCGGUAUAUGCGGCGACCCGUGGGACGCUCCACAGCCGAGACAACAUGAAGCUGGCGGAAAGUACGGCCAGGGAGUGAUCGUGCGCCGUUACAAAAUCGGACAGCCAGUAAUUGUGCGCGUCGAGCUGACAGCCAACCACCGUGGGUACUUCGAGUUCAGGCUGUGUCCGAACAAUGCACCCAAGCAAGUGGCCAGCCAGUCGUGUCUGGACAAGUAUAUUUUGCGGAGGGUUAAGACCAAGGACACCAUUGAAGCGUUCCACGAAACUCGAUUCUAUCCAGGCACCGAGAACAAGGUGUACGAAAUGAGGUACCAGCUCCCCGAUGGGUUGACGUGUAGUCAGUGCGUUUUGCAGUGGAAGUACAUUGCGGGCAACAAUUGGGGCGAGUGUGGUAACGGCACCAGUGCGGUGGGCUGUGGGGCGCAAGAGGAGUUCCGGGCAUGUGCUGACAUAUCGGUGUCAGACAGAGAUGGCACAGUCGAUACGUCACCAUACCCAACACCGAUAACAGUGACACCGUCUACUACCAGUGUCACUGAGUCUGUGGACACCAACGAAAUACCAGACACGAUUGAACAUCAUAAGCCACAAUCUACAGGAUUCAGCUUGGCCAUAUUUAUCAUAUCUAUUAUAUUAUUGUCAUUGGGCUUUAUUUUGAUGGUAUUCAUGUUUGUGUAUUGGUACUUCUAUCAUGCUGGAGACACAAUAAAAUCAUGGUGGAGAAGAAUGGCUGAAUCAUCUUAUUCUUGUAUGCGAAAAAGUGCCAAUGAAGAAAAGAAAACAAGCAAAAAUGAACAGCCUGUACCACCGCCUAGGGUUAAGAAGACCACAAUAGGCUUCAAAGGUGUACCCGACAAUCUAGUAUAAGAGUAUUCAAUUAUAAGUCAUAAUUUAUAAGCUGUAAAGAAAACUUUUAUUAUUAUUUUUUUACAUUUUACAAAUUAGUGAUUACUCUUAAAUUAAAGUGAUAGUUUAUAAAUUUACUUAAUAAAAAUCUGUAUAUAUAUUUAAUAUAUUAUGAUAUAACUAAGAGUAUAUGUGUCAAAAAAAGACAUGGUUAUUAUUUUUUUUUUUUUUAAACUUGAUUUUAUUUAUAAAACUAUUAAUAUAGUGAUUUAAAAAGUAGAUGUUCAUAAUAAUUGGCUAGAGAAGGUGUUAAGAUUGUAAUGAUUAUUUUAUAAAUGCAUCCGA